GUGAAGAAAAACCAGACCCGCUGGUGCAUGGUGCCCACAAAUUAUACCUUUUAGUUGAGCCCGCUCAAUCAGGCGGAAACCUGAUUCCACCGAUUCCAUUGCUCGCGCACCAUCAGUGUGCUGGGCGUGUCCUUGUCGCCUUCUACGACCGGAGCAUUGCGGCACGUAGUAGGGCGCUACAAACCUACAUUUCCCUCGAUUUACCAUGCUUGAGUGUGAGGGGUCUUUACAAUAAUGAUGCCAUACUUUCUUCCCCAAAAAACGCUUUUCUGCGUGAUAAUUUAAUAUUUCAAACGCAAUCGCUACUUAUUCGAAAUGGCACGUUUUUUUAUUAUUACCCUUUCUCAGAGUGCGAAUGUUGGUUUGGUACUUUCACAUGGCGGGAAUACUGUCCCUGCUCGAUUUUCUUGCGUUCAAAAAGGCAGCUCUCAUUCAAAUUGACGCCUUGGGAAAUUUUUAGUACUUUGAAUUCCCUUUGUUGUUGCUUCAUCCGAUGGCUGAUGGCGUCUGAAUGCAAAAAAAGCUCGCGUACUGUGCUUUGGACACAUGUUAAGGAACUACAGGUGGUAAAAAUUAACCAUGAGUUCUCAACUACGGUGUGCCUUAUAUACAGAUCGCGGUUUUGGAGCGUAGAACGCAAGGAGAAUUUUUUUUUUUUUUUUACAUUAGGAUGGCUCAAAUGACUUCUGACGAAAACUUCCAUGUACAUACUUGCCACCUUUCAUGCAGGUAAACCAGGAGGAAAUAAGAACCACAGUUCCGUGUCGCGAGUGGGACUACGACAUAGCGAACAAGGGAGACAGCAUCGUGAGCCGUUUUGACCUGGUUUGCAACCAAGAGUUUCUCUACGACCUAUCUACGGUCGUGCCCAUGGUCGUUUCCGCUCUCGUGGCUCCAGCACUCGGCCUGGCAUCGGACCGCGUGGGCCGAAGGCCGGUGAUGAUGUUCUGCGCGUUCGGCCAACUCAUCUCCACUAUCGGAAACUGCUUCGCGGAGACAUACACGUGCUUCGUCUUCACUCGGAUCCUCAUCUUCGUGGCGACCGACGUCACCUUCCUCGCUACAUUUAGUUUGAUACAUGAGGUCACCGGGAACGCGCGUCGCUCGAUAUUCACGCUCCUCGACACUGCCCUACCUGGCGUCGUAGUCCCGCCGAUGAUGCAUGUACUGUCCCUACUCAAACCACGCUGGAUGCUCGCCGAGGCGCUGACCAUCGCAACUGUGAGCCUGCUGCUGGCCUGGUGCUGCCUGCAGACAGAGUCACCCGCGUGGCUCAUCGCCACGCGGAACAUGCGUCGGGCCGAGGCCACGGUACUACUGGCGGCCAAGGAAAACGGCGUGGACGUAGCCAGGGCGCGCUCUACAUUUAUGGCCAUCAAGAAGCAGUUAAGCAAGCUAGACAAGUACGCCGCAACGGCUCCGAUGGAGGGCAUCAUGGAGACGAUCAAAAUGCGUCGCCGCGCGGUCUCCGUGCUCCUGGCCAGGUUCACGUUAGACGCUACCUACAUAGGUCUCAUGAUGAAUGACGUGACCACAGGCAUUCCAUGGGAGGUUGCACACGUAGUUUUGCUGACAGCCUAUUCCGCCUCGAUCUGCGGCAGCAUGCGGAGAUACGGAAUCCGGGAGACGCUGUCUGGUCUCAUGAUCGUCCUGUGUGCCUUCGCCAUUUUCGAGGCCGCGGCGAUCUUCACCGGUCAACAGACAGUGACGCGUUUUCUGCACGCCGGCAUGAAGGUGGUCGUCUCCGGCGCUAUGAGCGUCACGCUCUGCUACACGGCCGAGACCUUUCCGACGGCCGUGCGGAACGCCGGCAUCAGCCUUUCCCACUGCGCCGGCGGCAUUGGAAGCACUCUGGGCCUCACCGUCAUAGCCAUCGGAGAACCGCAUAUGUUCUACGCACUGUCGGCCUUCAUGGUGCUGUUAACCGUCGCGGCGAUUCAAUGGCUCCCUGAAGUUUUCAUAGAGCAUCACAUGGCGCCUAGAGCGCAUAGCGAGAGUGAACGAAAAGCGGAGCUCCAGGCAUCGCUGAAGUGCCGUAGUGUAAAGUCACCCAAGAAAACCCGGUAAAGCAGUGCGAUACAGCACUCUAUACGCUGGCGCACUCAUUCGCCACGUCGCACUGCUCAACUGCCACUGUGAAAAAAUGAGUGUCCGUUAAACUGUGCGACUUCUUUUUAUCUUAUUCACUCCACACAGUGUUGUAAUUCUGCGCUUAUGAUUCCGUGAACAGUACAUGAAAAAAAGUUCUCAGUGUCAUAAAAACUGUGUUCAUAACACGAACCCCUGUGGACAAGAGGGACAAAAUCAGAAUUAAUAAUAAGCUAAUAGACUUUUUAUACAGAUGUUUCACGCGCGUUCCUUGCGAUUAAGGAUGAUGGCUACGGGAAGUGAAUUGACGAUGGAUACAGAACAGAAAGGACCAUCGCUUAUUCGACACCGAAGAGUAUAUCCAUACGACAGAACCGCCAGCGGGACGUUUUAGUCUUCAAUAUCAGCCUAAUUGUGCGUUUAAUUUUAGUUUCUUGUGUUAUCGAGUCGGCGGAGCGUGCACGCCGAUUGUACAAGUAAAUAUUUGGUCAUUGGAUUCCUUGCGCAGUUACGCUGCUGCACUUGUCCCUUAGUGAA